CGUCGUCGUAAAGAAAAAGUAAAAGAAAAAUCGGAGCUCCGUUUCCGAUUCCGGGUAGGGUGAUUCGAUUACCCGGAAUCUCCGAAGACAUAUCUGCUACUUCUGGAAGCUAGUUUAACCUUCGAGCAAAUACAGGGAUUUUUGUCGGAGAUUUAGCCGUAAUUUGGCUCGGGAAGACGAUCAGCUUCCAUUUUUUUUUCCGAAACUCACUCGAAAAUUUCCAGAACCAGAUUCGAUUUCGCUGGGAGAAGAAUUUAGGGGCCAGUUAUAGGGUUGAAAAAAGGUGAAGAACACAGAGGAAAGCAAAGAUGUUUACUUGCAUAGCGUGUACGAAACAAAUGGCAGACGGAGGUGAGGAGGUAGAAGGAGGAGCGCGUGAGAGCUCCACUCCCAACACUAAAGAAGCCGUCAAAAGCCUAACGACACAGAUCAAAGAUAUGGCCUUGAAAUUCUCUGGUGCUUAUAAACAAUGCACAGGCUCCAGCAGCUUGAAGAAAGGGCAACCAUCGUUCCCCGAUUUCGACACUGCUUCCGAAGGUGUGCCCUACCCUUAUCCGGGCGGAAGCUCGAGCUCCACUCCCGCGUGGGAUUUCACGAGCUCCUCGUCCCGCCAUCCAGCCGGACGGACCGAAUCAAGAUUCACUGCGAUAUACGGCGGUGGUCGGGAAUCUAUUUCUGCGCAGUCGUGCGAUGUGGUGCUAGAGGAUGAAGACGAGCCGAAAGAGUGGAUGGCUCAAGUGGAGCCCGGUGUUCAUAUCACGUUCGUGUCGCUCCCCAGCGGAGGAAACGAUCUGAAACGGAUCCGCUUCAGUCGGGAGAUUUUCGACAAGUGGCAGGCUCAACGGUGGUGGGGUGAGAAUUACGAUAGAAUCGUAGAGCUCUACAAUGUACAGAGAUUUAACCGCCAAGCCUUUCAGACGCCCGCAAGAUCCGAAGACCAGAGGGAUUCGACUUACUCGAGGCUAGAGCCAGCGAGGGAGAGCAGAGACUGGACACCGAGGCAGAACUACGGACCUUCUGGAGCCAGUGUCCCACAUCACUUCUAUGGCGGCGGCUCUAGCACUUAUGGACCAAGCAGCCACGCGGGGGGACCUUCCAUGGAUCCAGCACGAACCACCACUUCUUCCAGAGACGAGCCGCCAUCCAUCAGUAACGCCAGUGAAAUGCACGCAGAGUGGGUCGAAGAGGACGAGCCCGGCGUUUACAUCACCAUCCGGCAGUUAGUCGAUGGGACCAGGGAGCUACGGCGCGUCAGAUUCAGCCGAGAACGGUUCGGGGAAGUGAACGCGAAGACGUGGUGGGACCAAAACAGGGACAGGAUACAAUCACAGUACCUGUAGAAUCCCUCAAACGUCCGUCUUAAAGCCGUCUUCUUCACAUCUUCUUGGCAUCACACUUAGGUAUACACAAGAAAUCAUUUCUUCUUCUUCUUAGCUUAAAGGUGAAGAUUUUCAUCGGAAAACAAAGAGGUUCUAUACAGAUCUGUAGUAAUCUUAGCUGUCGGCUUUGUGACAGCAAAUUUUCCAGCGGUGAAAUGGGGGAAAAAAAGUUCCAUUGAUUGGUUUAUUUGUUUCUUUUGUUUGGUUUUAUACUUCGAGUAGAAACCAUGGAUAUUUAUUACAUUAUUAUCAUUAUU